UUGCGCCCGAGCAGGAGGGAGGGGUGGGGCAGGGCAGGGCAGGGGACAUUGGAGCCCGGCUCGGGCUCAGGAGCAGCUGUGCGGGAUCUUUUCCCCACCAUGUGGGGACUGCCCGGCAGAGUGAUGACUGUGUUGCAGAAGAAGGUUCCAGUGAGUCUGAGGCUGACCAAAGGGAUGGAUCUGAGGAUAAGGAGAGGAUUCUGUAGUAAAUCCCAGGAGGGGAUCAAUCAGAACUUGAAAGGUCAGCCCUCAUUCAAAGUUCCAGGACACAGGCCCACAGACUGGGACAAGAAGAUUCUCCUGUGGUCAGGCCGUUUCAAAAAAGCAGAGGAUAUACCAGAGACUGUCUCGUUCGAGAUGAUUGAUGCUGCAAGGGGCAAGUUACGUGUGAAGGUCAGCUACCUAAUGGUUGUCCUGACAGUACUGGGAUGCCUAGCAAUGGUCAUUCAAGGGAAGCAGGUGAGUAUUCAGAGCUGACUGGCAAAGUGGAGC